AUGGCAGAAGACAAUCCAGUUGAGCUAGCGACGUUAGGACGUCCAUUUCAGUUAGGUAUGCUGUAUGAUCAAAGAAGUGAUCAGAUUAUUCCAGGUACUACAUUAUGGGAUAUUGAAGAAUUAAAAAAAAAUGUUGAUGUACGAUUACAGCCGUUUACAAAUUAUGAAUUGGUCGCUGAAGAUUCAAUCAAUGACAAAACUCAUGCGCUUGGAGUACAAGCAGAACUUAAAUUAAGCUUACUUGCAGGUUUAAUUAGUGUAUCCGGUUCUGGAAAAUACGCUGAAGAUCGAAAAUCGUCUAACUCACAAGCACGUCUUACUCUUAAAUAUUCCACAACGACACGAUUUGAACAAUUAACAAUGAAUCAUUUGGCAAAGGGUAAUGCAAAACAUUCAUAUUUAUUGGCUAAUGGAGCAACUACUGCUACACAUGUUGUUACAUCAGUUUUGUAUGGUGCUGAAGCAUUUUUUAUUUUCGAUCGGACCUUAUCCUCAGAGGAAAAUCAUCAAGAUGUGCAAGGAAAACUUGAAAUUAUGCUUAAAAAAAUUCCAAAAUUUGAAAUAAGUGGUAAUGGAGAAUUAAAUUUAAAUGAAAAUGAUAAAGUGUUUAUUGAUAAAUUAACAUGUACAUUAUAUGGAGAUUUUAAUUUUGAUUAUAAUCCAAGUACAUUUGAAGAAGCUGUUAAACUAUAUCAACAAUUGCCAAUGUAUCUUGGUAAGAAUGGUGAGAAUGCUGUACCAAAAAAAGUUUGGCUUUAUCCAUUGAAAGCAAUCGAUCCGACUGGAACAUUGAGAAUUGUAUAUCAAAUUUGA